UGCUCAUGAUGAAGUUCUUCAUCCUUGCUUUCGUGGCACUUUCCGUCGAUUUCUCAGAAUGUAAAGAUGUUCUGAAAGAAGAAGCCAUAGAAGAAGCGAUUACCCCAGAAGCUGCAUUAAAAGAUUUUUUUAACAUAACAAAGGAGGAUAUGGACGCAAAAUGUGAUAAAACUGAUGAAAUAGAUGAUCGAAUCUCCAAAUUGGAUGAAGCCUUUUCUAAGAUGAAUGAAGCUACAAUAAAUUUAGCUAUGGAAAAUAAAAAAGCAAAACAGUCUUCGGCAGGUAAUUAUGAAGGCUACAAAGCUCUUUGUGAGAAAAAUGAUGCUUUCACCCAGGCGAAAACUAAUGUCAUCAAAACAGCGCUACCAUGCGUGACGGAUGAUAAAAUGUCCGAACUUCUGCAAUUCGCUAUGACUAAAAGUUGUGGCAGAUUAAAAAACUAGCCAAUCAAAAAAAUUGAAGCGGGUAAAAUGAGUGGCAAGAGAACCAAUUGAUAAUAUUUAUGAUGACUUCUGAUGAUCCUGCAAUCUUAUUAUAAAAUUUAUUAUAUAUUAUUAUAAAUAUUAUAAAAAUUAUAAGUCUUAUAAAUCCCUAUUAUAA